AUGACGAAACUGUUAAUCGAUCCGCCUCAUCUGGAUUGGUUUGAGACGAACUCGGAAGCGAUCCUGUCCAAGCUCAUCGAAAUCCUCAAGCCUAGGAUCCUCAACAAGCUAAACGACGAGAAUAACUCGACGAGCAAGAAAAGCAAGUUGGAUAUCUACCGGGGUUCCGGGUUUCAGUUUGGAUAUUAUUUCAGAAAUCUGACGUACCAGCACUCAAUUCUACUCAAGUCGAGGGAAACCAUUCAUCCGGUUCAAUCCGACCUAGUGACUCCAGAGAAAGAGGAUGUCGAGUCUGAUGAGGAAGAUAUCAAACCCGACCUACCAUCUUCUUCGCUCAAAGUCCACUAUGAACCGUUCUCGAUCUUCGGCAAAUCCUUGAUGGUGAUAAUCGAGCCAUUUCCGUUAGUUGGUUCGUCUCAAAUGGAAGAAGAUGCCAUGCCGUCCACCGUUGGCGAGAAAGCAAAACCGACCCAUCCUCGCGCCCAAGCACAUCGCGCAGAGAAGCCGCUUUUCAUUCCCGAUGACGAUGACGAUGAAGGAGUUCUGGAAGACCUCAGUCUGGAUUUCAAUCAGUCCCAUCAAUCUCAUCCCACCCUGCUCUCCCAACUCAUCAAGGACCCCACCUCUGAUCGACAGUUAGAUCACAAGUCACAACCUCAAUCACUGCGACUGGACGAUUUCCUCCUCGCGGAUCCUUCAUCCAGUAAAUAA